GCUCUAUGAUCCAUCAGCUUUGAUUUUUGUUUUCUGGUAUUUUCACUUCUAUUUUUUUAAUAUUAACAAUAAAAGGUUUACAUUUUGCUAUUGAAAUGUAAAUUAUAUAGCUGUGGAAAGGUUUAUUAUUCGUGCGACGAUGGGCACUAACGGCAAUGGUCGCCGUGGCGGCGGAAAAUUGCCUGACGUUCGUCGCCCCAUGGAAGAAGGGGAUUGCGUUAACGAUAUGGAGAGCCCCGAGUUGGAUUUCAUAUACGACGACUGCGACACACAGGCCAACGAGAUCGCUGAAUUGUACAGUUACACAGAACACCCGGAAUUUCAACUCAACGUGAAGGCUUUCGAGGAUAUCAUGGAAGAGUUUAACUAUCCGCCCAGUUGGCAGAGGUUGACGAAUAAACAGCAGAGGACAGUAGUUAUGAAGUUGUUGGAGCAUUUAGACGUGGCAGUGAGUGCGAUACGUAUGCGUGCAACGCGAUGUAUCCUGUACCUGGCACAGGGCUGCUGGGCGGAGAUGCAGUCGGACGCGGAGCAGGCCCACUGGGCGCGUAUCAACGUCAUGACGCUUUAUGACAUGGGAACAUUCUCCGCCUUCGUAGAACUGCUGAAUCUCGAGAUAGUCAGAAGCAGCAAUGCAAUAGCCUCUAGAAAACUAGCAGAAUCACUCGCUGACUCCACAAAUCUACGGGUAAUAUUGUCAGUAUUGUAUUUAAUCACAGAGUACAUGAGAACUGAAAAGGACAAUCCUGAGUCAGAGUAUACUCAUUUAGUUAAAAACUUCAAAGAAGAGCUAGGCCAACCAUUUGGUGAAGAGCUACUUCCUGUUAAGCUUCUGAGUAUGGUCACGCAUCUUUGUGCUGGAACAACACCGCAUUUUCCAAUGAAAAAAGUUUUGUUACUUUUAUGGAAAGUGUUAUUGGUCUACUUGGGAGGUUCCAAAGAACUAAAGGAAAGAAAAGCGAGGCUCAGAGAGCAGUAUGGUUUACCUCCUCUGACUGAAGACACUAUUGAAAUCAUUAAAGGUAUGAGAGCUAGCUCACCACCACCUAGUGCUGCAGAUAUGUUAGAGAAUCAAAACCCAGGCCAGAGGAAGAUGAAGGAAAAUGAAAGACAACUCAGAAGACAAACCUUCAUGAAACAGACCUCUCUAGAUGAGUCUGAUGAACAGAUCUUUGUUGACAAAGAGGAGACUGGGAAUGGGUCAGAAGAUUAUUCUAUGGAGUUCCAGUCAAUGCCUAGUGAUAGCUCACAAAACAGUAAUCAGAAUUGUCCUUAUUACAUGUACUUUAAACAGUUUGAGAGUCCUCCACCCCCACCACCCUUACCUAGAAGCCUGCCUUGGCAGUCCAAGGUGCGCCAGAAAGACAUAGACAUGUUCCUUGACAAUGUCAGGAUCAAGUUUGUUGGUUACUCCCUUCCAGGAGACAGAAUAACCAUUGCAGGGCUUCCACAGCCUAUUCAUGAAGGUAUAGACAUACUGAAGAAACACAUGUACACCAGUCUUUCUGAAAUCCAAGCUGAAAGAGAAUUUGAGAUGGCUCGCAGUCCCCUCACAAAAGGUGAAAAAGAGGUUGAGGAAACAGAGGCAGAAAUCCUUUACAAAGCCAUGUUGCCAAAUCUACCACAAUACAUGAUAGCUCUUCUGAAAAUACUUUUGGCUGCUGCACCAACCUCCACAGCUAAAACCUACUCUAUAAACAUCAUGGCUGACCUGUUGCCAGAGGAAAUGCCAAUGACAGUAUUACAGUCUCUCAAACUUGGUAUAGAUGUAAACAGGCACAAAGAAAUCAUUGUUAAAGCUGUCACUGCCAUACUUCUUUUACUUUUGAAACAUUUCAAGCUCAAUCAUGUUUACCAGUUUGAAUUCAUGUCCCAACAUUUGGUAUAUGCCAACUGCAUGCCACUAGUGUUGAAAUUCUUCAAUCAGAACAUUCUGUCUUAUGUUGGAGCUAAAAACACGAUCCCCAUAUUUGACUUCCCAGCUUGCGUGAUUGGCGAACAGCCAGAACUUACGAAAGAAUGCUUGGACAUUGGUGAUUCCUCAGUACCAUACUCUUGGAGAAAUGUGUUUUCAUGCAUCAACUUGUUAAGAAUCUUGAAUAAAUUGACAAAAUGGAAGAAUGCAAGGAUUAUGAUGCUUGUUGUUUUCAAAAGCGCGCCCAUUUUGAAGAGAACUUUGAAAGUGAGGCAUGCCUUGAUGCAGUUUUAUGUGUUAAAGCUCUUAAAAAUGCAGACAAAGUACUUGGGCCGACAGUGGAGGAAAACCAAUAUGAAGACAAUAAGUGCAAUAUAUUCUAAGGUUCGACAUAGGUUGAAUGACGACUGGGCAUUCGGCAAUGAUGUUGACGCGAGACCGUGGGAUUUCCAGGAUGAAGAGUGUGCCCUGAGAGUGAAUGUGGACCGGUUCAACCACAGGAGAUAUGGCACCGGUGGAGAGCAGGAAAUGGAUCUGACGCCCCUGGAGACAGACAUCAACUGUAUACUGGAGGCGAAUGUGGACCUGGAUGACGAAUUCAAGGAAAACUAUGAAAUGUGGCUUGAUCAAGAAGUGUAUAAUAAUGAGAUUAACUGGGACAUACUUUUGUCAACAUGAAAUUGUUCGAAUGCAACAUAAAAAGAACUAGUAUAAUUAUGGCAUAAUCUACUCGUUUAAUGGUUUUUAUAUCUUUUUGCAGCUGGCAAUGACAAAGUUUUGUAUAAACAUUGAAGGAGAAUAAACUAUGAAUUCACUUUAAAAUGUAGCAAUAUUAGGUAGAUGCAUUGCGUGAUUAGUAUUCAUAAUCAUGUUUUGUGUUGUAUUCACAAAGACUUGAAGAAAACCUCCACUUAAAUUGUACAACAGACAUUGUAUAAUAUGUUGUCAUGUGAGUAAAAAUAAAAUAUUGUAAAACAAUAUUGUGGUUAGAAAAGGGUAGUUUCCAACCAGUCAAAUACUUUUUUCUAAAUGUCAAAACACGAAAUUACUAUGGAAUUUGUAUGAAAAAGCAACUGGGACGUCAUAGAAAAACGUGGAGUAAUGUCGCACUUAUUACUACAUUUUUCUUUAUUAAAAUUGAUAAAUAAGUUAAAUGGAAUAAAGAAAACGUUUUUUGACACUUUUAGACCUGUUUUUAUUUAGUAAUCAGAAUUUAAUAAUUUAUCUUUGACCUAGGAAACUACCCAAAUGUGCAUGUAAUUAAACUAAGGAAUGUUAACACUUGAUGUAACAUUUUAAUUUGAAUGAAUUUGAAAAUCGUGUACUGAAAAUUCAUUUAAUAUAAGCGACAAAAUUAUGUUUCUACUAAGGUUUUGUAAAUUCAAAAUUAUUUUACUAUAUCUUAACCUAUGUCUAUUGCUUGAGUUUCUUGCUUCAAUGAAAUUGAAAAAAAAAAUAUCAUAAUUUAUUUCCUUGGAUUUGAAUUAUAACCAACUUGUGUCUGUUUGCUGUAGAUAUUUAGAAUGAACAUGAUAUUUUAGAAAUUCUAAAUUAAAAGGCAAAAUUCAAAA